UAUUCUCCAUUUUUCAGUUGACUCGAGAUUGAUUCGCUUUUGCACUAGACUUCUCUACCAUGAAGUUGUACCAGGUUCUUCUCGCUGCCUUUCAAUUGGCAUGGGUGUUCGCACUCAGAGACUUCCAGCUUACCAGAGAGCACAAUGGAGUGUGUCUUAAGGUGGACUCCGCAGGUGACAACACCUCCAUCACCUUGGACUUCACAGCCACCGACAAGUACCACCGCACAGAAAUCCCUGUGAUUGUUUUCAACUACUUGGACCUUGCCAAGGUCAAGAAUGUGCCUAACUUCGUGGAAUUCCUCAACGAGACCUACUCCAACAAGGAAGAAAACUCGUCCAUUGUGGCCUACGGCGAGCGCAUCCAGUUCAACUUAAUCCCCAGCGAGGGCGAGGAAGAAUUGCCAAAAUCGUUUGCGUUUGCUCCUGUUGCUGUUUUCGGUGAGGCCGACGAUCUCCAAUUCGAACCAGAACACGACGACGUUCCUCCUCCCUUCUUGACCUACCCCGUCCCAGAGGCUGGUGUCUACUGUAUCUACAUACCAAGGUACCUCUGGCAGAACGACGACGGAGACUUGAACCUUUUCCCCCGUCCGUUUGAAGCAGUUGUUUCCGUCAACAACGAGCCACUUCCAUACGGCGUUGAGGAGGACAUUUUCCUCAACUCAAAGCUUUUCGGGGGAUUGGGUAUCGUCACCUUGUUGUUGUACUUCUUCCACAACGGCUCCGAGACUCCCAUUGUCCCCAAGUUGAUCUGGAGUGUUUUUGCACUCUACUUCGUCUACUACGGAGGUUUGUUCUUCUUGGACGUGGUGGUCUUGUUCGGAGCUCCAACAGGCUUCUUGUUGCCAUUGAUUGAGAGUUAUACCAGAUUGGAAGGACUUGUUCUAGACAACUACUUGAGAUUGGUGGUAUUUUCCGUUUAUAUUGGCCAUGGUGUUAUUUACGACUAUACCCUCAACUUGGGAGGAAUUCACUCCAGAUUCACGGCACCAAAAUGGACCUUCAGAAUCGUGGCCUUUUUGGUGAUUUCUUACAUGGCCACACUCGCCAUGAACCACAUCAUGGUCCACAAGUUCAACCCUGAGGUCGUCGCUGUCAAUAUCAACAAGGUCAGCUUUGAAGUGCUCUCCAGAUCCAUCAUCUUCAAGUCAUCUUACCACCAUGAAGUGGUCUCCAAGGCCCUCAGAUCCAAAAUCGAUUUGAUCCGGGGAAUUUCCCUCACCAACGUGGGGAUUUCUUUGGCUUCUUUCAUUUUCUCGUUCCACAAGAGUAUUUCCAUCAUUAGGGAAAUCGGACGCAACCUCAAGAAAGAAGAUUCCACCUUCUUGACCCACGACAAGAGAAGGGACGAUAAGUCCAAGUUGUCGAGACCUCUCAAGAGAUCGUUGGUGCUCCACUUGUUCAUCUACAAGAUCUUGGUCAUGCCCACCGUGCUCAAUUUGUUCCUUCAGCCUGUUGACUUCUUUGGCCAUUUCGACAUUGCUGAAUGUUUGGACCGUAUUCACCCCAUCAUCAGCAAGGCCACCAUCAUCAAGCGUACCAUCAUUCUCUCUGAGCUUGUUGUCUUGUGGUUGAUUUGGGGCUAUGGUGAAAACGGAUUGAAGGAAUCAGACAUUAUUGAAGAAGCGGAAACUGAGGAAGUCACUGUUGAUACCAAGGUCUCUGAAGCAGUCGAAGAGGUGGAGGAAGUAGAGCUUCUCGAAGAAAACAAGGGCAUAGAGUCUAAGGACUAAAUGUCCCAAUUAUUGGUUAUUACCAAGAGUAAUUAAUUAGUAAGAUCACUUACACCACGCAAGUAAGUAGAAAAUAGUUUCUGGAAAUAUAUUGAAUAAAGAAAAAAUG